UUGGUGUUCUAUGUAAAUCAAUAACGUUGCAUUUGAAAAUUGAAAUAAGUCAUAUUUUCAGGUCAUUUCGAUAAACAGAAAUAAGUGUACGGUACGUUGUGUACUAAUCUCGACAUGUUUAACCAAAGUUCAAUAGGAUUUGGUGCAAGUUCAACUCCCAGUACUGCUAAUCCUAUGAAAGACUUCGAGGUGGUCCAACCACCUGAGGAUUCUAUCAGUUCUUUAGCAUUUUCUCCAGCGGCUCUUCCUCAAAAUUUUCUUAUCGCUGGUAGUUGGGAUAAUAACGUACGUUGCUGGGAAAUUGAACAAAAUGGUACUAGUGUUCCAAAAUCUAUGCAGUCAUGUGGGGGACCCGUUUUAGAUGUUGCUUGGAGCGAUGAUGGAACCAAGGUAUUUAUGGCAGGUUGCGACAAGCAAGCUAAAAUGUGGGAUUUAGCUAGUAAUCAGGUAGUCCAAGUUGCAGUUCAUGAUGCACCUAUUAAAACAUGCCAUUGGAUCAAAGCACCUAAUUACUCCUGUUUAAUGACUGGUUCUUGGGAUAAAACAUUGAAAUUUUGGGAUACUCGUAGUCCAAAUCCAAUGAUGAGCAUCAAUUUGCCAGAACGUUGCUAUUGUGCUGAUGUAGACUAUCCCAUGGCUGUCGUUGGAACUGCUGGCCGACACAUCGUCGUGUAUCAGUUGGAGAAUAAGCCUCAAGAGUUUAAAAAGUUGGAUAGUCCAUUGAAGUAUCAACAUCGCUGUGUAGCAAUUUUCAGAGAUAAAAAGAAAAUUCCAACGGGAUAUGCUCUGGGUUCCGUGGAGGGACGAGUGGCUAUUCAGUAUGUGAUUCCCACAAAUCCCAAAGACAACUUCACUUUCAAAUGCCACCGCUCCAAUGGAACACCUAAUGGGUACCAAGAUAUUUACGCCGUAAACGAUAUUGCUUUCCAUCCUGUGCACGGUACUUUAGCAACAGUGGGAGCUGACGGCACAUUUAGUUUCUGGGAUAAGGAUGCCCGCACUAAAUUGAAACCCUCCGAGUCGAUGGAACAACCCAUAGUGCGGUGUGCGUUCAAUAAUAACGGACAGAUAUUUGCUUAUGCAGUUAGUUAUGAUUGGAGCAAAGGACAUGAGUUUUAUAACACGCAGAAAAAGAAUUACAUAUUCUUGAGGCCUUGCUAUGACGAACUUAAACCUAGAACAUCUUAAGGUUUUAAGUCGUUAAAUGUUUAAAUAGGACAGAGUAGUCUUUUAUAAAAUUUCUGUGUAUUCAAGCUGCUGUAGCACAGUGUAGGCUUGCAGUGUCUGAUAUUAUCUACAAUCAAUCAUUUAAUGGUAAACAGCAUAGAUUUAUAUUUAUAUUUGAUCAUUUUCCUUUGAAACUUUCUUAAUAUACCGUAAAACAUGCCUACUUUGCCCAUGAAAAUUUGUUUUUUUGGACAAAUAUUUUAUAUGCACAUGUAUAAAUGUAAAUUAAAAUUACCUUGCAGUCACACUAACCGUUGGAUAUUUAUUUUAACUAUCAGUUUUGUAAUAGGUGGGCACAUGUGUCAAAAAAAAUAAAUUGGGGCAAAGUUUGGGAUUUCUUCAACUUUCCCGGCUGUAUAAAUUUCACUUUGGAGACAAUUUGAAGGAUCUUUAAACAACUAUGCUCAUCAAAUAAGUUUUUAAAAAAUAUUUUAAGAUGUGUGGAAGAGGUAGGGAUUUUAAAAACCAAAAAAUUGUAACGUAUUUU